UAAUUGUUGUGAUAAACUUAUUAAAUAGAUUUCAAAUGAUUCAGUAAAGACAGCUCUGAAAGAUCGAGAAAAACCUUGUAGCCUGCUCUCAUGUCAUAUCAAAUCGAAGAUUUUCAGAAUUUUAAUCAGUUUUCAUUCAUUCAAAAUGGCUUGGAAUUGCGUAAAAAACUGGAAGAAGAGCUGAAAAGUUAUAAUAGAAAACAGACAGUUGUUCUUUUCCGACAUGGGCAUAGGACACCGUUCAAGUAUAGACAACCGGGUAUCUCGGCCUUACUCGAGGACUCGUUCUACGGACACUUGGACAUGCAGUGUUUCGAAGGAAAAGAAGAGUUACUGUAUCAGAAUAUUCAGUGCAUUUCAUCUGGAAGCGGGAGUGUCGCAGAUCUCAACUUGCAGUUCGAUGUGCACAAACAGAACGCCGGAAUGUUGACACGUUUGGGUGCUUCUCAACUCAAUACUGUUGGAAGAAAAUUGAAAGAGCGCUACUCAGAAGACCUGAAGAAAAUAAUAUCAAUCUGUUCAACAAACAAAAGUGAACCCCUUUUGAACAUUUCGACUAAAACGGAACGAACUAUUGAGUCGUUACAAAGUGUCUUGUUGGGUCUAUUUCAAGAUGAAAAAACUCAACCUAGUUUUCGGGUUAAAGUACUAGAUACUUCUGAAAACAACUGGCUAGGAUACUCAUUGCAUAGACAUCCUGAUCUUCUGGACGGAAUCGGUACAGCUCACUCUCACGACUUCAAGUGUAAAUAUAUCAAAGGGUACGAAACAUGGGCUAGUUCUUUAAUUCAGACGACAGGUGCUUCACCCGAAAGCAUAGAUCUGCAGAUGAUUCGAGACUACAUGACGUCAUUUGAGAGAUUCGGAUAUCCUCUGCCCGAUAGCUUGUCGCAGAUAGCGGAGGAUAAAGUACUGUGUGGUAGAAUGACCACUUACGCAGUGGCAGCUGAAAGCAUGCUAGUUGAGAAAGGAAUACAGAAAACGGCUGGCCCGUUUUUCGAAGCAUUGCUGCAAAUAUUAGGCAAUGAUGACAAAAUUCUCGCGUUACUGAGUGCACACGAUACUACGGUCAACUUUGUCAGGCUAGCCUUGAGAGCAAAUGAUUUCACAUGGCCAGAUUUUGGUCACAACAUCGAGUUCGAGCUCUAUGAGCAUAAAGAAACAAAGCAGAAAAUGAUUAUGGUGCUAUAUAAUUUGAUUCCAAUUGUGCUCAAGGUCCUUUGUAAAAGCGACACGGCAUUAAUACCUUAUGAAGGAUUUGUAGAGUAUGUCAAGAGAAAUUUGACGUUAUAAUUUUGCAAUUAGAAUGGGUUUAACUAACGCGAUGUAACAAUAAACCAAGUUAAAGGCCAUAAAAUAAACGCGUUAAUGAUCAAAAAAUUUGCCUAUUUUUUGCUGGUAUUAAUAGUACGCGUUGGUGUUAAUAAGACUGAUUGAUACAUCGAUUUCCAUACUAAAUUAGUAAGGUCGUUUGAAAUGUACAUACUUGAGGCUUUUUCUUUGUAAUAUGUUCAAAACAUUUGAAAGUAUAAGUCAAGAUAAGUUUUG